UCUGUAUUUGCACAUGCCUGUGGUGCUUGCUUGGCAUAUCACUUUAUUCGCCCUGACUGAGUGUUCUUUUGCGAUGCGUUUGUCGUGUGUAGUGCUGAUACCUUCUCUGUCUUUUUUUGGUCAACGAAGAGACAGUAAAACUUUCCAUGGUCGGCUGGUUUUACAAGGCAGCAUUGUUUAUGUAUCGCCAUGGGGAACAUACUCAGGUGGCAACGUUACGAUGGUUAAAAACAAAACCAAUAAGAGAAAAAGAGCGAUAGAAAGAGAGAGGGAGGGAGUGAUGGAAGAAGAGGGGAAGGGGAGGACGUUGGAGAGAAUGGCUGAUAGAUUCAUAGUAUACCAGGCACCAAAAAGUUACCGAAAAGUAGAUGGAGAUGCGGUGUGGGUGAAUAGACUACGCGGAGUCCAUCACUUUUCGCCCUCCACAACGUACAGUACAUGUACACUUUAAUCGAUAUAUUAAGGUUCGCUGAAUAAACGACAUCUUUCGGUAGUCUGCUUGCAGUUUAGUAUCUUUCUAUCCCCCACAUACUGCACGCAGUCCAAUCAAUGCAAUGCGCAGACACUCCUCCUCGAGCCCCUUCUGGCGUUAGUCUAUGGGCGAAAAUCUGCGUCAACAACAUAUCAACUGUUUGUGUCCAAAAAUGAAAGAGGAGAUGUAGGCCAAGUGGCAUUUUAUUUUUUUUGUGUCCAAAAAGUAUAGGCAGAAC